CAUUACCAUUAUUUAGCUGGUCCGCUCUCAAUUUAUGACAGGUGUCAGAAAUCCUAACUCUAACCUCACAAAAAAAAAUCAACAAAGUAAUAUGCGGUGAUAAAAAAGAUAACGAGAAAUCGAGUAAUCCGAACCGUUUGAUUACGUGUUAAACCACUUCAAAAGGUCAAUCCGACAUGACUUUAUCACAGAAAACCUCCCUUGUCUUGAAAUUCGCGGCCUUAACGACCGUUUUACUAUUUAACCUUCCAAAGGUUUACAGUGUGGGGCAGGUAAUUUAUGCCGUUAAUGCUGGUGGAGAUGCUCACGUAGAUAUACACGGGGUUCACUACGAAAAAGACCCUUUGAACGUCGGCAUCGCUUCUGAUUAUGGGAAGAGAUUGCUUAUUGGGAGGGUACCACCAAAAGAUCAUAUUUUAUAUCAAACUGAGAGGUACCACACUAACACAUUUGGCUAUGACCUCCCUGUACCAUCUGACGGACAAUAUGUCCUGGUACUAAAAUUUUGCGAAGUCUACUUUGAUUCAUCAGACCAGAAAGUCUUUGAUGUAGUACUGAACGGGGAGCACACAAUUGUACCCGACUUGGAUAUAUUUUCCAGGGUGGAUAAAGGGGUGGCACAUGAUGAAUAUGUUCCUUUUGAGAUCAUUCAAGGUAAACUGUAUGUUAAUGGUGAGGAGUCAGAUAUAGCAGGCAACAAAGUCCGCCUGGAAUUCAUCAAGGGGUACAAAGACAACCCGAAAAUCAACGCUUUUUACCUCAUGAAAGGCACUUUAGACGAAGUGCCCAAGUUACCACCACUGAUAUCGAAUGAAGCAAAAGAAAAAGAAUCGGAACAGCACAAUAUGGAAGAUGAUGAAGAAGAGGAAGAGAAACAGUCCGGACGUCCCAGAAUCAUUCCAACUAUUCCAGAAUCAGAGGAACCAGAAGAAUCGUCUAUUAUGUUGCCUGUGUUUAUUGUUAUCGGCGCGUUUAUUCCCAUUUUGUUUUUCUUGUGCAAGUUGUGAUGUGACAACAAUGCUACAAUUUUCGUUAGGUACGAUGGACAUUCAGUUGAGACAUUCGAUAGAUGAGUUGGCCUAAGUUGGUUUUUAUAGGGUUUUAUGGGGGUUUGUGAUAUAAAGUAUUUCAUAAUAUGUUUGACUUAUGUGUUUUUUGUGAUUGUAUAAAUAUUAUAUAAGAUAUUUAUUUGAGAUGAGAACUGAACUGUGUAACUUCAAUGUAAUUUUUUAUUUAUUACUACUACACAUUUUCUCAUCUCUCAAGGUUCUGGUCCUCCAGGAUUGUUAAGUAAUUGAGGUUAGUGAAUAAUAUUUUGACAAUUUAGGCAUAAAUAUAAUAUGUACUUAAUGUUUAUUUUUAAAUUGUAUUGUUAUGUUUGUACCAGGUGUGCAUGUAUUUAUAUUAUAGUUAGAAAUGUAAUAAAUAAAAAAUUUGUUUAAAAUUUA